AUGGAUGAAGAUAAUAUGACAUUUUCCAGUGACUUCACCUUUACAGGUCUCUUCAGUAACAAUAAAGCAUCAGCCUUCCUUUUCAGCAUCAUUUGUGCCAUUUUCUUUAUGGCCAUUAUGGCCAACGGAGUCAUGAUCUUCUUGAUAUACAUAGACCCUCACCUCCACACACCUAUGUACUUUCUACUUAAGCACCUCUCUUUCAUUGACAUGAUGUACAUAUCCACCAUUGUGCCCAAAAUGCUGGUUGAUUAUUUGUUGGGAAAAGGAACUAUAUCCUUUGUGUCCUGUACAGUCCAGUACUUUCUCUACAUGGGAUUUGUGGGUGCUGAGUUUUUCCUCCUUGGACUUAUGGCUUAUGACCGCUACGUGGCUAUAUGCAACCCUCUGCGUUACCCUGUGCUCAUGAAUCAGAGAAUUUGUUGGAUGAUCUUGGCAAGUUCUUGGUUUGGUGGUGCUUUGGACAGCUUCCUUCUCACUCCAAUCACUAUGACGCUCCCAUUCUGUGCUUCCCACAAGAUUAAUCACUUCUUCUGUGAGGCACCAACCAUGCUUAGACUGGCUUGUGGUGACAAAGCUGCUUAUGAAAUGGUUAUGUACAUUUGCUGUGUGAUGAUGUUGCUGAUUCCAUUUUCUGUGGUUAUUGCUUCAUAUGCUCGGGUUCUCAUCACAGUUCAUCAGAUGAAAUCAGCGGAAGGAAAGAAGAAAGCCUUUGCCACAUGCUCAUCACACAUAACUGUAGUGACAUUGUUCUAUGGUGCUGCUUUGUACACAUAUAUGCUUCCUCAAUCCUACCACACUCCAGUCAAAGAUAAGGUAUUUUCUGCCUUUUACACCAUUAUCACUCCACUGUUAAACCCUCUUAUCUACAGCUUGAGAAACAGAGAUGUGACCGGGGCAUUGAAAAGGGUUUUGGCAAGAUGCACAGCAAGUCACCAGGUGUCAAGCAGAGUUGACCUCAAUAGUUUCCCUGUUGCUCUUCGCAUUUUCUGGGUUGGAAUUGUAGAGUUUUAA